UGAUAUUUUUUUUUUAGCAACAUAAAGUAUCGCCAGAGCCAGAUUAUUUACCAUCAACCGCUCGGGAACCUUUUGCAACUAUUUUUCUGCCCAAAAAAAAGAGCUACAGCGCGCCUUGUUUCGAUGGAUAUGAUGAACAUCCACUUGAUAGAAGUUUGGAGCGAGCUUUUGCGCUCUGCUUUACACAAUGAUGCAGUUCUAAGAGAACUUCUCGAACGGCGCCCUGAAAUUCAGCGGGCGAAAGAUCUGAACAACAUGUUCGUGAACUAUCUUUCUAUAAUCCACAAAGUCUUCAGUGUGAAGAUGGGUGGUGAAUUGGUUGGCCUGAGAGGUGCGACACAAUUUGAUGACAGCAGAAACAUGUGCUAACAGUUGUAUCAAUUUAGUUAGAAUGCCUAGCGACCCGGAGUUCGUCGAAAUGCUGCAAUUGCUGGUACGCUACACAGAAGAUAUCACCGCUUGGGUAGAGGAACAUGAUCGAACAGGCGCACCUUGGAUAUCCAUCGAUGGUAAGACUCGGACAAGGCGCAUAAAAAGAGGACAAAUUGACAAAGCAUCCAGAAUUUUGGGCAGAUUCCUUGCUUCAAGUGGACAUGCAGUGCCAGAGAUGGUGGGUAUUGGCGGAUAUGACAAUAUUCAAUCAAGCCACCAGCUCAUUAAUGAUGCACCCUCCACUGACACCCAACGAAGAAAGAGAAAUCGUCGCAAUUAAUGAAGCCAUCAGCUCAUUCGGAAUGCCUCCAUCAUUAUCAGCCAUCGAAGAAAGUCUCACGCAAUCUGAGACGUUUAAAGCUCUGCUGACUCCGGCAUCGUCUUUCACAAAACAUCAGAGUCCAUCUACUGCCUCCUCUAGUUUCAGUUGUCCAUUUGCUACGACAUCCUUCAACCAAAAUCAAAUAGCAGCUGAGCUUCCUGCAAGCUGGAAUAAUGUUAGAAGACUAGGCUGUGCUUCGCACGAUACUCCGUUCUGCGGGUUCGAUCGGAAUUCUUCAGAUGAUGAGCGAGAUUAUUUUUUAUUCUCAGAUGCGCAAGAUAAUCCGGUAACCACACCAUCUGCAUCUCGACUAGAACAGGCAGGAUUCAUAUCCUCGCGUGAUCCGAGUAUAUUGGUUCAAACUUCUGCCAAUAAACAAAAUGGAUUUUUUAAGCCAGUACCUCCGCCGAUUCGGAAGAUUGCCAUCCCACGACUCCAAAAAGGCUCUUUUCGGCCACUUCCCCACCAAACUCAAAAUUCCAUGGCUAGAUCUUCUCCUGCAAUUGAACAAGCUUCCGAUUUGGCAAUCCCUAGAAAGCGGCGAUACACGAAAAUUUCCGCAGAAACGUUGAGCCCUGGACGGCAAAAGCGACAAGCACUAGGUCACGAGACGCCACAGCACAAUCCAACAUCCGCUGAUUAUGGAAUCUCCACACCUGGUUCGGAGUUCUCACCUGGUACUUUACGCAAAGACUCCCUUGGUAGCGCUGUUGCGAAUUCCGGAGAACCUUAUAAUGCCAACAGUAAGACAGCGACGCUGCAUUCAAAUGUGAACAACAUAGGUGUUAUUACCUCACAAACGGACUGGAACAACACAGUUUCCGUUGCAUUUAACUCAAACCAGGGAGCUCAUAUUGGCGUUACUUCGCAAAAGGACUGGGACGAUGCGGUCUUAGUUGCGUUUAACUCAAACCAAGAAGGGGUAAUACAGGCCUGGGAAUUGGGAGUCCGCCAAUGAACAACGAUUUCACGAACUUCGCAGGAUCUGCCGCUCCUCACUGCGUGGAUAUUGAUAUGGACAUGGAAAAUGUGCUGGCUGAAUCCAUUCUUUGGGUACAAUUAGUGGCAAGUUUAACGCAUGCUGCGAAAAUCUGCUCGAGCCGCGGAAAGCAACAGAGAAUGACUUGAUAGGUGAAAGUUUUGGUUCUCGGCCGGAAAAAGAAGCGUCU